GAGUAGAAAAGGGUUUCUACUUUUAAGAGAUUUAGCACAAUAGAGGAGACGAGAAAACAUUCUGCAGCCCAGCCCUGCACAUACAGGGUGUCCCGAGAAGAGAAUAUCUGAACCCAGGACAUGUACACUGCACUGGUGACCACUUAUUUACUGAACUUCCCUGUGCACAACAUGAGGAAAUAUAAGUAGGAGGCUUUACAUGCGCUGACAUGUCUGUGUAGUGACAUCAGUGUCACAUUUGUGUCAGGUAAAGCGAUUGGUCGAACCCCGACAGCUGCAAUGAAGAAUGCAUAUACCCGACCUGGCUUGGUGCUCACCCGUCAAGGUGCUCAGACUUACCUGUGGGGCUGGCUCAUGGUGACUGCACCUGCCGCACAGUCGGUGAUCUGAGAUUUUUCUUGUCAUCCAGACCUCUGCACAAGUGGUUUACGAUGAUCUGGAUAUUAACGAAAGUUCCGCCUGGUGAUCCUCAAAAUAAAACAGAGGGAAAGGAAAAAGAGCGAAAUAGUUACUGAAGAUUUUGAAAUUUAACAAGUACAACAUUCCGCACCAAGUAUGGAAGCUGCGCAGAAAAACAUGAUAUGUCCAGUGUGUUUAGAAGUUUACAGAUCACCGAGAUUUCUACCCUGCCAUCACAGCUUUUGCCUCCCAUGUCUGGAGCAGCUGGCAAAGACCCAUGGCAACACCAUCCCGUGUCCCUCGUGCAGAGAACCUGCCAAGCUCCCCCGUGGCGGGGUGCGAGCUCUGAAGGUCAACUUCUAUUUCAAGGAGGAAGAUCUGGAGCGGGCUCGGCGGCCUGUAGACAAGUCCAUGUGUCCCACCCAUCCCGAAGAACGUCUGACAUUUUACUGCACCAAGUGCGACCAACCCCUGUGUCUCCGAUGUAGACUGACUAAACACGAUGGACACGGGGCUGUCGAUCUGUCGGAGGCUGCCACUCGCUGCAAGAGGACGAUUGAAGAAGAACUUCGUCGUCUGCAGAUUUCUGUUGAACGGAUUACAGACCAGUCGGAAUCUUGUAAGCUAAAAGAAACACUCGCCAAAAAGAAGCGAGAAGCAGUAAUGAAGGAGAUUGACGCCCGCUAUGAGGAGAUUGUGGCCACUGCAAGAAACCAUCGUGAACAAGCGCUGCGGGAACUGCAGGAAAUAUCAGACAACCUGGAGAAAGACCUGUCCGAGGACACACGGAGGGGUACAAGGAAAGCUGAACACUUUGCUCCAGCUUCACGAAAACUCUCGUCGGGGACUGAGUGUUGCCUGCGACACGGACCUCCUGCAGGUGGAGAGAGAGCUGACACGUGGACAAGGCAGCGCCGAGAGGCUGGCGGAGCUUGAAGCUGGAAUGUCUGAUGUCAGUCACCGGCCUGGUCUCCAUACUGAGUUGAUCAAAGAUCUUGAAAACUUUAUCAAAGAGAUACAUCGGGUUUCCAGCCAAACUAAGCUUUCCGUGUAAGGUGCAACGUAAACAUUCUAGAGGUGGGGCGAUGUGGCGAUGGUGAAUGUGUUGAAGUCCACGCUCUGCGGGAAAUGGAGGAUGAAGUGAUCGAGGUAUUUUAUGGGAGGCCUGGGGGUGACUAUUCGGAGGAGAAGGGAGUCAAAUUUUUGCCUAACGGACAAAAGAGCAGUGAAGUUAUACCUUAUGGCAAACGGGUGUCGUGCGUUACCCGUUGGAAGUAUGAGUUUGUCUUCGACAACUCGGCUCAAAGAAUCUUUGGUUCUAAGGGGCAGCAGAUGUUUGGCCUCUUUCAAAACUGUACAACUGGCCUUUGUAACGUGCACAUCCUAGAGCUGAAAUGUGAUGGAGAACAAGUGAAAUGUAGGAGAGGUGCAAGUUUGUUUAACCCACUCGUGAACCGAGUACAUAACUUCGAUUCAAACAAGCUUGGGAAGUUUUUUGCUGUGGUGGAUGAAGCUCUGGAUUUGAAUGUCGGCCUCCAAGUGGUGCGUCUGUAUGCCCCCACAUCUGAUGCCCCCAUUGCUACCUACAAGCCACCAAAAGAGCCAUUCCUGCCAACAGACGUCUGCUUCUGUGACGACAACUUGCUGUUGAUCGCCGACUGGAUGAACGACUGCAUUCAUCUGACGUGCGUUACUGACGACGAUCUGACGUUCAUCGACUACCUGCCCGGCAGUGGGGACAUCGUGCGGCCCACAGCUCUGAACCUUGACCUGCUUGGUCGACUGCUGAUUGGAUGUGGCGAUGGAUUGGUCUUAAAGUAUCUUGGUGACAUUUCCUCAAAUGCCUUACUGACAUCUCUGCUAUAGUCAAGUAAACAUUCCAGGUCAAAGGUCUGCAUGCAAAUAAAAUGCAAACUGCGAGCUAUGGGUUUCAAGUAAACGGACGGCACAAUCAUAACUUGCACAAUCCUCUUCACUUUUGUGUUUUGUAACAAAUUAUUUUUAAAAAUUUUUUAACAAUUUGUGAUGCUUCUUAGUAAGUAGUGAGUACCACUAUUUGCGGAUAUUUGUAGGUAGAUGUCGAUCAAAGAUAUCAACUUUAAUACAACAUUUAGUUCUAGAAAGGAAAUGAGAAUAUGACAACUUAAACUUAAUAUUUUUGUGUGUUGGUGUGUGUGUAUUGGUGUAAGUGCGUGUGUGUGUGGUUUUGGGGGGUGUGUGUUGGUGUGUGUGUCUUUUGUUGUAAGGGUGUUUGUUGGUGUGUGUUUAUAUAUUACUUUAUAUAAAAUAUUUAUACUAUAUAUUACUGUGUGUUGGUAUAAGUGCGUGUGUGUUGGUGUAAGCGUGUGUGUGUGCGCGUGUGCGAGAGAGUGUGAACAUGGUUGAGAAUAACGCUAACAAGAAUAUAUACGAGAAAAGUCGCUCAGUAAUGUUUUUUAUGCGUGUCUUCUAAAGAGCCAUAGACAUAUUACUUCUGCUUUGAAAUAAAACUUUUUAUUGCAUGGGGA